GAGUGCCCGAAGAGGGGUCCGGAGUGAGUGCCCGCUCGUUUAUCAUUUAAAUAUCUUGCGAACAUAGUAAGUGUUAUCUUUCGUUGUGGAAAAUGACGAAAUUGGAUGUGUUGAAUUUGUAUCUCAAGGAACGUUUAAAAGUGGCCGCAGAUGAGAUAUUUCAAGUCAUCAAGGACACGAUACUAGAAUAUCAGAACGAAAUCGCCUUAACGAAAGAGGAAAACCGUGACUUGAAACAAAGACUGUCAGAUGUUGGUGCCAUCUCCGCCGGUAUACAACGAGUGCUCUCUGCAGAGAGACGCCAGCUGAACCCCUCGCCUGUAUGUGAGCGCGAGCUCAGUGCAGCACCAGCCCCGGGUGACCCACAGUCUCCCGAAGUCAUCGAGGUCAAACAUGAAGAAGGCCCGCCCAUGGCAGUCACACCAGGAGCAGAAGAACCUCAGGAGACGGAUCUAGUCACGACACCUCCUCUCUUUAACAAUGACCAUCAUGAGCAGAGACUCCCUGAGACCUUCGCAAGUUACACGCCACACAUGGCAGAGGUCGGAGGGAUGGAAUCUAUCUCCCCUGGCCCGCCUCAGCCAAUCAAAAUAGAGGAUUGUUCUGAGGAAUGCAGUAUAAUAGAAUUUAACACAGAGCUCCCCCAUACCAGCUCUAUGCACUCUGAGGGGUCUGUGGAGGCCGGUGGGAUGGGAGUUGGGUACAUUUCCGACAGUUCAGGUGCAGUAGAAUACCUGGCGCAGAGUUAUGCCCAGGGACCAAGCACCCUGUUGGGGAGAGACUUGUCUGAGCUUCCCCCUCAGACCUCCACCAUGGAGCCCGACCACCACCACCAGCACGCCGAGGGGCCGUUUUACUGCACGCUCUGUGGCAAAUGUGUGGGCAGCGCCCGGGAGAUGACAAUCCACAAGCAGGUGGUGCACGGCAAAGAGAAGCCGUAUCGGUGCGGUGUGUGUGGCAAGUGUUUCCGCUACUCGGGCAAGUUUAAGGAGCACCAGCGGAUCCACACGGGCGAGCGGCCGUACCGAUGCCACGUGUGCUUCAAGGGCUUCAACCAGACGGCGCACCUGAAGGUGCACCUGCGCACACACACCGGGGAGAAGCCCUACAGCUGCCCGUUGUGCGGCAAGCGCUUCAGCCAGUCCAGCCAGAUCAAGGGCCACUUACGGACACAUACCCGACACAACAGCUCACUCACGUGAGCUCACCUACACACACACACACACACACACACACACACACACACACACACACAACCGACACAGCUGACACAACAACACACUCACGUGAGCUCAGCUACACACACACAACCUGAAUUUCUCCUCGGGGAUCAAUAAAGUAUCUAUCUAUCUAUCUAUCUACAACCGACACAGCUGACACAACAACACUCACGUGAGCUCAGCUACACCUAUACACACACACACACACGAAUACACAACCGGCACAACAACACACUCAAGUGAGUGCAUCGACGUAUAGACACACUGAAAUCACCUGUGUGGUCAGUACCGAAGUGUAUAUGAUGGAUGUCAUGUGGACACACUGAUAUCAACUGAGCAGUCAGUACAGAAAUGGUUAUGAUCGAUGUCAUGUGGAGACACUGAUAUCACCUGUGCAGUCAGUACAGACGUGGUUAUGAUCGAUGUCAUAUGGACACACUGAAAUCACUUGUGCAGUCAGUACAGAAGUGGUUAUGAUCGAUGUCAUAUGGACACACUGAAAUCACUUGUGCGGUCAUAACAGCAUCCCUUCCAUGCUUUCCGUCUCUUUUGACAGGAAUGCUCAGUGGGGUUACAUGAGGUCACCUUGCAGUGUUUGUUAUUAAUAUGGCAGCCAUUGAGUAGCAGUGUUUUAUAAAAACAAAUUUGACAAAACAAACGAUCGUAAGCUAAUAUACAUCAAUAUCAUCACAUGGCUCAAGAUGUGACCUCUUGGGCUUACAAGGUCAGAUUAUACUUUCCCCAUGAUUGCAGGUACAUGUCACAGUGUUUAAAAAUAAAAGUCAGCCUUCGCACCAUGUAUUAGUAUGGGCUUAAAUAAUGGACUGACAUGGGGUCAGAUGUGAAGAUCAGCGUCUUAUUUGCAGAGGUGUACAAAUGCACAGGGCUGAGUGAUGUUUUUAUCGCUGUUUGUCACUGGAUGUAUGAAUGUAAUCAUGUUUGUGUGACCGUAAUCAUGUUUGUGUGAAUGUAAUUAUGUAUCACUGUUUGUCGUUUGAUGUAAAUGGGAAGAAUAUGUAUCAUAGUUUGUAGGCCACACUAAUAAAAAAAGUGGAAACUGA